CUCUGUAUGUUCAUUCUGAGGACGAUGGAGGCUAAACUAUUCUCAUAUUUUACCCACUUCUUUAAAGCUUCACUGCUAAGUUUAAUGUUCUGAGUUACACUCAUUAUGAAAUUCACUGUGAAAGGGAAGUAAGAAAGGAAGUUUUAUGUUUGAAAGGAACCCACCAACGAGACAAUUCAAAGCAGGUGCAUGCUGGGAGCGUCAAUGGCGGCCCGCUGAGGCUUUGUGGCGGCUGAGCAGUCAAGCGGCGGAUGAACGCUCCCGGCGGCGGAGCGCUGACAUCCCGCGGCGGAUUAAAGAGCGCCGUUUCAUCAUGGCCCCAGAAGAAGUUUACUCCGUAACGACCACGCCAAACCCGGAUCAAACCUGUUGCUUGGUGCCGUCAGAGUAUCUGGACAAAAGGCGCUUUAUCGUCAAGAUCCUGGAAGUGGUGCUGUCACUAGUGGCAUUCAUCUUGGAGGAGGUGGUCUUGGUCUGUAUCAACUGCGCCGGUCUGGAAUUCUUCGAGUUUGUCAGCUGCACGUCAUUCCUCUUCACCAUGCUGCUCCUCGUCCUCCUAUCAACUACUUUUCACCGUAGGGUGGGAAUCACAUCCUGGUCUACCCUGGACUUCGUGUACACUUUGGUCAUUGCCUUCUUUUUCCUCAUCGCCUCCAUUGUGUUUGCGACCAUCAACAGCGGCACUUCUCUGGAAAAGGGAGCUGUGGCAUUGGGCUUCCUGGCAACAUUGGCGUACGGGUGCGACCUUUUCUUGUUUUGGAGGACGUACGGACAUCCUUUCGCCAAAGGGGACAAGCGGCAGCCUUCUAACGGCGUCCAACCGACCAAGGUGGACCAGGAGGCUCCCGCGGAGACGGAGAAACUCAACGUGGACACGACCCAGCAGAAUGAUUGAGUUUGUUUCUGUGGUUUAUGUGCGGCUUGAAAGGUCAAACAUUUUACUCCUUAGGAGAUGCUCGUCUCCCACAAAGGGCUUGACUUCCUCUCUUUGUACUACUGAGGCCGGUUGAGGCCUGCCACUCAGGAAAUAAUCACCUCCUACUUAAGAGACAUAUUAUGAUUGUUUUGUUGUUGUUUUUUGCCCCCGCCUCCUGCCUGUUGACAGCUGGGAUCGGCUCCAGCACUCCCCGCAACCCUCGUGCGGAUAAGCGGCGAAGUAAUGG